UAGGAAUACUCUGUGGUCAUGGUACAUAAUAUUGUUAUUUAUGUUCACAGUUACAAGAUUUAGUUCAGUGGUUUUCCUCUCUUUAUUAGGAACACAUACUAAAAGAUAGUCCGUGUGUAUUAAAAUGAUAUUGUUCGUUGUAAUUUUUACUUUGUGGCCACGAUUAGACUUAACUGUUAGCGCUGCGGAUUCGUCUAGCCCCGUCAGCUACGUUGACCAAACCGAAAGUGCCAUAAUAUGUGCCAGCAAGACCUGUAUUAACAGAUGCUGCGCGGAAGGAGAGUAUUUGCAGUGUGACAGUGAAACCUAUGUGUGUAGUUGUAAUAUCCAUGAUGUUGUUUAUGACUUCUCGACUGUACAACUGUACAGCAACAAGAUUUACGGUGAAAAAGUGGAUACAAAAUUUACGGAGGCUUUUGUUGUUAUACCAUCGUUUUUUUCCAAUGCAAGUGAUGAAUUCAAGAUGAACGGUAUAUCUUCGUCCAAAUUACCACAAUCAAGAACAUACCUCGGAACGGACGGGAAGCUUCAACUGGAAAGUCCGAACGCUUACGAGAGAUGGACUAUUUAUGGUACUGAUAACUAUUGCGUUGAUUUCGUGGAUACUGAUUACGACUUCUAUGUUCUACUUUUGUCACUUCCGGAAACAGAUAACACGAUAUACGUAUAUGCAAUGUUUGUUUCGUCAUUUUUUCUGAUGUUGGUACUUGUGGUGUAUGCGCUUCUACCCGACCUGCGGAACCUACCAGGGAAGAUACUUAUGGCCUACGUAUUAAGUCAAAUAAUCGCAUUCAUCUCCCUCAGUAUGAUACAAAUUUUAUCUUUCUUGCCGCCUAUCUCCUGUGUAAUUCUGACUGCAAUCGUAUAUGACAGUUUUUUGUCAAGCUUUUGUUGGAUGAACGUUAUGUCUUACGACAUAUUUUGGACGUUUCGGAGUUACGCGAAAGCACGCGUGCACCGAACCGGGGAGAACUUCAAGUUCGCGAUGUACUGUCUGUACGCGUGGGGAGUGCCGCUGGCGCUGACCGCCAUGAUGCUCAUGAUGCAAUACGCCGACUUCUCUGACAAACCUUGGAUUAUAAAACCGCUGAUAAACGAUAGGGGAUGCUUUUUAAUGGAGGGUCAAAAAUUUGUGUACUUGUAUCUGCCCAUUCUGAUACUGAUAAUAUGCAACUGGGUGUUCUUCCUGCUGACCGUGUUCAACAUCUGGCGAGUGAGCCGCGCCACGGCAGUGGUGCGCUCUCCUGCGUCCGGCAACGCCGCGGCCCAUCGCGCUCACAAACUUAGGUUCGUCCUCUACAUCAAACUGUCAUUGAUAAUGGGGGUGAACUGGCUUCUCGAAGUCAUCAGUUCAUUCUACCCUCAGCUCAACGGGUGGUGGGUCACCGACAUGUACAAUCUUCUCAUCGGCUUUUUCAUAUUCCUUAUAUUUGUACUCAGAAUGAAAAUUUACAAGGACCUCCAAGCAAAGUUCAGCCGCGUCCGCCUGAACCGCUGGUCGGCGACCAACAGCACUAUCAACAGUACGACGACGACGUCAGACGUCAGUCAGGACAUCACCCUGCAGGUGUCGCAGCAUCCUCGCGGUUCUGGUCGAGACAAAAACUUUGAGAGAAACAUUUGAAAAUAAAGAUAAGUGCGUUUUACUCAUAACUGUAACCCUUUUCUCUUACUGAGAAGCUCAUUUCAUCAGAAUUGAUUGAUGU